UCAGCAACUCCACAAACUCCAACAUAGAAGCUUUCGAUAUAGUGUUUUCUCAGAUUUUUAGGAAAAAUGCCUUCUCAUAUCAUGCUCUCCUACCAGUGGGAUGACCAGGCUCUGGUGAAAAAGAUUUAUGACCGCCUCAAAGAUGAUGGUCUGCCAGUGUGGUUGGAUAUAGAAGGAGGGGUGACGGGAAAUAUAAACGAUUCGAUGGCUGCAGGUGUGGAGGAGGCUGUGGUGAUUUGUCCAUUCAUGUCUCCAGCUUACCAGGCGUCCCGCAGCUGUAAGAAAGAGCUCAACUACGCAGACAGCAGGGAGGUCAGCAUCGUGCCCGUCAUGCUGACCAACAACUGGGAGGCGAGCGAGUGGCUGGGGCUGAUCACUGCAGGCCUGCUGUGGGUGGACUUCAGAAAUGCAGAGAAGGGUGAGGAGCACUUUGAGAUGUGUCUCAGCUCUCUGGAGGAGGAGAUCAUGUUUAACGUGGGUCACCUCCUGGCAGUUGAAGAACCUCAGGGAGAGGUGGUGGGUCAGCCUGAACCAUCAAAACCCCGCAUGAAAAAGAAACCUGGGAGAGGGUUUCGCCAUGCUCUCUCAAAGCUCUACAUCCAUGAUUCAGGUGAGAUAAUCGAGCCGACUGUCAGCAGCAGGAACACAGUGGAGCUCAGUGAGAAAGCUGGAGAGAAUUGUUACUGGCUGGAGAUUAAAGGCAACGGCUGUAAAUACUACAGGAACGUUGUCACCAACAGAUACCUGGGAUUCGACCCCAGCAGGAACCAGGUCCACUCUGAGGUCAGCCCCUCUGAGAGAGAAGAGUGGCUGAUGUUGGUGGACCAGACGGACCAGAGCCAUCAGAGAGCCGUCAUCGUCAAGAACAAACACUCUGGGAUGUUCCUGGCAGUCCAAAAUGGCCACUUUACCGGACACACAUCUUACAAUGAAGACUGCAAAUGGUUUUUAGAAUAA